CAACUUAGGCAAUACCACGAAUAAAAAAAUCGAAAUAAAUAUUACCAACAUACAAAAAACUAUCGAAUGCAAUAAAAUAAUCGUAUUUUUAUGAUAUGAAAUAAAUUAUUAUUAAUUAAAAGUAUAAAAAAUAUGCGCUUAAUAACAACGCAGCGCUAGUGCAAUAUUUUUCCAACAAUACAUAAAUGAAGGGAAAAAUUCAAAAACGUGAAUGAAACCAAAAUAAAAUAUUACAUAAAUAAAGUGCCGACAGUGUUUUCGAAAAGAAAUUAGUGAAUUAUUUUUAACCCGUGUGUGAUAUUUACAAACAAUUCAAUAUGAGUGGUUAUAUUAUUAAGCAACCGCCACUCACAGCGCUGGCACAUCCCCGAAAUAAAAGUGCAAAUAAUUUACAAACAACAACAACAAGCAACUCUGCAGUACUUCGUCUGUUUUCCUUCACAAGUUUAGUGCUGCUGUUUUGCUGCAGCAUUUCGUACAUUCCACAAAGCGACGCCUUCAAUCUGGAGAAUCGUUUGCCAAUAGUCAAAUAUGGACCACAUGCGAACUCUUAUUUUGGCUAUUCCAUAGCAACGCAUACGGUGGGCGAAUUCAAUUGGCCGAAUAAUACAAAAUGGCUAUUAGUUGGUGCUCCAUUGGAUAAAAAUCUCCAGCCUGGUACAAAUCAAACUGGCGCGCUAUAUCGUUGCCCGAUUACACAGACGCUGAACGACUGUGAACAGAUCAUAACCGAUGGGCGAAGAUCGCCCUAUGGUCUUUAUGAACCUACAUACGAUAGCGAUAGCGAUAUUGAGGAACUACAGGAACCAUCCAACGAUGAAAUCAAGGAGGGUCAAUGGCUGGGCGUGACGGUGCGUUCACAAGGACUUGGCGGAAAGGUGCUCGUGUGCGCGCAUCGUUACAUCAGCAAAUUGAUGGAGAAUCGCUUUGGUCAAGGGCUCUGCUAUGUAUUGAACAACGAUUUGACCUUUGAUGAAGCAUAUGAGCCGUGUAAAGGUCGCACUGUGGCAAGAGAACACGAAGACUACGGCUUUUGUCAGGUGGGCACUUCAGGCGCACUGCUGGAUGACAACACUAUGGUGCUGGGCUCCCCAGGACCCUUUACAUGGCGUGGCACUGUUUUCGUUACGGAAAUUGGUGGUGAAUAUUUGGAGCGCGAUAAGACCAUGUACUAUGGCGAUCAUUUGGAAAAUACAUCACCGGUGGACAAGUACAGUUAUUUGGGCAUGGCUGUCACUGGUGGACGUUACUUUGGCGAUCGUAUGUCUUACGCCGCUGGUGCGCCACGUUCCAAUGGACACGGACAAGUGGUGAUCUUUAACAAAGCUAAUACCAAUCCCAUACCGGUGCAAAUGAUACUCGAGGGUGAACAAUUCGGCUCGAGCUUCGGUUACGAACUCACCACCGCCGAUAUUAAUGGCGAUCAGAAACCGGAUCUCAUCAUUGCCGCACCAUUCUAUUUUAAUAAGUCCGAAGGUGGCGCAGUGUAUAUCUACCAAAACGGUAAAGACAUGCUGCCAGAGAAAGCGACACUAAAACUGACCGGCACUAUGGAAAGUCACUUUGGUCUGGCGCUCGCCAACAUUGGUGAUAUCAACAAGGAUAGAUGUGAAGACUUGGCGGUGGGUGCACCAUACGAAGGUGAUGGUGUGGUGUAUAUAUAUUUGGGUUCCCUUACCGGUUUGGUUAGUAAGCCGGCGCAAAGAAUACAAGCUUCAGAUCUCGGCUUAUUGCCACAUCCGUUGCAUACAUUCGGCAGUUCGAUAAGUGGUGGCACCGAUUUGGACGGUAACUCAUAUCCGGAUAUAGCUGUCGGCGCCUACAACUCUUCGGCUGUGGUUAUGCUACUCUCACGACCCAUCAUCAAUAUACAGACGACAGCGCGCAGCAAUGAAUUGCGGAAUAUUGAUCCGGCGAAACCAGGUUGCUUACACGAUGCGUCAACGAACCUCACCUGUUUCACCUUCGAAGCUUGCUGUUCCAUUGAACUCUAUGAACCGUCAUCGGCAAAUAAGGAUUUGCGUCUAUUGUACACAGUCGAAGCGGAAACCUUUGGGGGGAAUAAGAAAUUCUCGCGUGUAUUUUUCGAACGCGAAAAUAAGCGCAGCAAUGUGGUGAAACGUGAAGUUACCGUGCGUACCAAUGGAAAACAGACUUGUCAGCAAGUAACGGGCUAUAUCAAAGAGAAUACCAAAGAUAUACAGAGUCCCAUCAAGUUCCGUUUGAAUUAUACGAUUGUGGAACCAACUUUACCACGUUCCGGUUUGGAACUAUUGAAUCCAAUCUUGGAUCAAACGCAGGCUUUCGCCGAGUUCGAAGGUACAUUCCAAAAGGAUUGCGGUGAUGAUGAUAUUUGUGAGAGUAAUCUCAUAUUGAACGCGGAAUUGGAUUUGAAAAUGGAAAAUGACAAUUACGCUUUGAUAUUGGGCGAGAAGAAUGAGACGCGCGUCAAUGUGAACGUUUUGAACAAGGCGGAUUCAGCAUAUGAGACACAGUUGUUUGUGGUGCAUCAAAAGAGUGUCUCAUACAUUGCCGCCUCACGUACGAACUCUGUAACUUGCAAUCGUUUCAACGACACCGUGGUUGCAUGUAGUCUUGGUAACCCGAUGAAGCGCAACACGGCGCUUUACAUCUCACUGCGUUUCGAUCCCAGCGGUUUGGAGAAUAACGAGCGCAAGCUCAGUUUUCACGUCUUCGUCAAUACGACGUCGCGACAUAUUGGCGAGGAGAAACCCGAUAAAGAGUUGGAAGUGCGUGUGGUGAAACGCGCUGGAUUAAGUCUUUAUGGCUUGGAAAAACCCGAACAGAGCUUCUACAGUGGCGAAGUGAAGAAGGACAGCAAGGUUAUGCAAAUGGAGGAUGUCGGAUCGCCGGUGAUGCACACAUACACGAUCUACAACGAAGGUCCCUGGAAGGCGCCUAAGGCCGUACUCACCAUCUACUGGCCACAUCAGCUGACCAGUGAGAAGAGUAAAAAAGACAAAUGGUUGCUCUACCUCGAGGCCAUGCCUAUUGUGGAGAAUGCCGAACUCAGCGAAUGUUUCGUGGCACCCGAACAUAUAAAUCCGCUCAAACUCACAUCGAAAACGAAACCAAACGAGUUAUUAAGCACAUUGCAAAUGGCACCGGCACCCUAUAUGAUGCGUCCGCUCAAUAAAACUCAAUACUUUAACCGUUACAGCACAUAUAGUGAGAAGAGUGUCUACAAAAAGCAAAAGCCCACAGAACGUCCGGGUCUACACGACGAGGACGAUGACGACGAAGAAGGACGGUAUUUAAAUCGUGUGCGCCGCAACACAUUCGAACGUAUCAUACGACCCGAACGCUUCAUGGACAUCGGUGGCGAACACACAAGUCGUAAACGUGACAUAGUCGAGUUGGAUUGUGAGCUGGCGACGGCGUCUUGUGUGAAAAUCCAAUGUGAAAUCUACAAUAUUGAACCGCUCACCGAGGCGUACGUGCAUAUACGUGCGCGUCUGUGGAACUCAACGCUCGUUUCCGAGUACCCACGCGCCGAUCUGGUGCGUAUCUCAUCGAGAGCGCAUGUCAAAAUACCGCUCGAAUAUUCCGUGGAACAUACGGAAAAAGAUAUUGUGCUGGACACACGCGCUUAUCCCGAACUGUUGGAUCGCGAGCGCGAGCAGCCGACAUCCAUUUGGGUGUACAUUGUGGCCAUCAUUUGUGGUCUGAUCGUGCUGGCUGUGGUCGUACUCGUGCUCUGGCAUAUCGGUUUCUUCAAGCGUCGACGUCCGGAUCCCACGCUAAGCGGCAAUCUGGUGAAGAGCGAAGAGAAGCCAUUCUUGAAUGACGCAACGAGUAAUGGUCGUGGCUUCUAACAAGAGGGGACAGUCGGGUGGGAUAUCGCGCAGCGUGCGCCUCCUAAAGUACAACAAACAUGCUGUCUAACACUGAAGCAGCACCGCGUUGAACCCGCAGUGAUCUUCAGCACCGAAACCGCUAACAAUAACAACAAUGCUUGCUACAGCAACAAUAAUAACAAUAACUAUAACCCGGUUGGUUAUGGUAGUGCCAGCUAUAAGCAUUCUUGGAGUGGUAAUGGCCAAACGGAUGUGGCGGUCAUCGAUUGGGGCACACAUUGGUAGUGUAGGGGGUGAUGUGCUAGUGUUUGUGUUAGGGGUUGACAAAGCGUUAUGCGUCGUCUUAUACAAUAUAUUAUAUAAAAUACACAUUUUUCUAGGGUGGUAAAUGUCUGUGCCAUUUUACUUAAUUUAGGCAUACAUAUGUAUAAAAUAAAUAAAUAAGUUAGCGGUUCAAUGUAGAGCGUUUUUACAAAAUACGGAAUAUAGUAAGUGUAGCUAUUUGCUGCUUUCGCUGUUCUUGAUGAUUUGUGUAGCAGCAAAUGGCGUUAAAAUUUGCAUUUAAUGCACGGCAUAUUGUUUAAAUUUAGUAUUAGGUUUUGAAAAGGCCUUACUUGUGUAGGAUUUAAAAUUUAAGAGUUGCGUAAAGUUCACUAGCACAAUUGCUAGACAAGCAAGUUCAAAAAAAUAAAUAAAUAAAAAAUAAAAAAUAAAAAAAAAUUUAUUUUAAAUGUAUUAGCAAUAAAAUUACUUUUGAGAAAACCGCAACGCCAUUAAUUACACAGUCACACAAAAAAAACAUUCGUUCUGACCUGCGGGUCUUACUCUGUGUACCUUAUGUAACAAAUUAAUUUAUUUUUAAAAUGUGCCCGCCAUAUUUGAUUCGCCAUUUUGCGUUACCGAAAAGUAAUGCGAAAGCCCCCGAAUUUGUCAAUAAAUCUUAGUCCAACGAAUUAAAAAAAAAAAUCCGCCAUAUUGGAUCCCUAUUCAUAAUUCGUGACUCCGAAUAACGGGGAUGCGCCAUUUUGAAUAUUGAAAAACCGACACCGGGUUCAUAAUCCGUGAUCCCGAAAACCCCCAAAUAACGAGUUCCAAGCGAAACUGAUGAAUUAAAAAAAAAUUUACGCCAUAUUUGAUCCGCCAUUUUGAAUUUUCGAAAAGUUACGGGAAGCACCGCAAUUGUUCAACCCAUUUCAAUCCAAUGAAUUUUUCAAAGAAGCGUCCGACAUUUUAAAUAACGAAAAACCGACACUGGAAUCGUUAUCUGUGAUCCCGGAAAGACCCGAGUAGCGAGUUUCAAGCAAAUCCGAUGAAAUUUAGAAACGCUGUCCACCAUAUUGGUUUUUGGGGUUAUGUCAAAUAAGUGAUCUGAUGGGGUUAAAUGGAUUCAGUGACCCCAAAAACAUAAGUUACACAUAGUAAGACCUUCAGGUCAGAAUAAUUUUUUUUUUCGUGUGGCUGUGAAAUUUUAACCGUUUUUAGUAUACAUUUUUAUUUAUUUUUGUAACUUUUUUUAUAAAUAAGUUUCUAAAGAUGUAAUUAUUUAAGAGCACACAACCGGAAACCAAUAUUUUUUUGCAAUACUGUUAAAAAUAAAACGACUAA